CAAGUCCAGUCGUCAAAGAAAAAAGAAAACAAACCAAAUUCGCCCGUGGCGCUACUCAUAAGAUAUUAUUUUACAUUUUAUUGACGGUUUGCUGUUUACAAUUUGGUUGAAAGUCUAUGACAUUGCUAUAAAGCUGAUGGUCCAGGAAAAACGCAGCUGUUAAGAUGUUCUAAAAUUGAUUUCUUCCCAAGUAAUACCUUCAAAUCUGCACAAAAAAUGCUGCCAAGAGUUUUAAUUCGGACGCUGAGUCUGCGUGCCGCGAGCGAAGGAUUAAAACAACGCUUUUGGUCCUCGACGGCGGUUCUGGGCUCGGCAAAGAACUGGAAGGUUGUAGAAAAAGUUGCCGACCGACAGGUGCCGCCCCUUUCCAACGUGACCAUCAACUCGUCCGACUGCCCCGUCGUCGUGUGUCCUGCUGACCCUCAACAGUAUCCGGACAGUGACCGACUGCUCAUCUACCUGUUGAAGGACCAGGAAAACGAUGCCACAGACUUGCAGCUCGUGCAGGCCACCCCGAAUUCUUUCAACAUCGACGUUCACGGCAGCACCGAAGAGCAGAAGACCCUCGAGAUCCACGUUCCUGUCCAGAGCAAUGUCAGUGCUUUUUGCAGUGGCGGUGGAGACGUUUCUGUAAAAUAUUUGCAUUCCGACCGAUUGGCUGUGGUCACCUCCUCAGGAAGCAUUUCCACCAAGGACAUCCGAUGCAGCGAAAUCGUCCUGGCCACUCAGGGCGGGUCCGUUGCUUGCACUGGCGUCCUUCAGGGAAAGAUUAAUAUAAAAGCCAUGUCUCAAGGGACAAUCAGCUGUCAGAGACUGCAAGGACCACUGGCAAACCUGGAAAGUGAACAAGGUGACGUUAGUAUUGCAUCUGACUACUGUGAUAGGUCAUCAGUAACAACACACUCAGGCAGCGUCAAGUUUGGCAGCUUGCACCGAAAGUGCAAGGUGGAAAUUACGGGCAAAGCUGACUUAAUUGCAGCUGGGCUUGAUGGGCGCCUGCAGGCCGUGGUAAGAGAAGGAAACGCGGACGUGCAAGUAAGCAACCUGGUGGGCCACUCGAACAUCGAGUUGGGCAAAGGCAACGUGAAACUGCGCCUCGGCGAAACGGACAACAACCUCAUCCGGCUCAGCGCGGACCGGGUGAACAUGUGUGGCGAGUUUGGAGCUGAAAACUCAAGCGAAAAUGGGAAGAAUCUCGUCCGGUUUGGCCGCAAAGGUGACGGCCAGGGCGAUCUCAAGGUCAGCGUGCUCGAGGGCGAAAUCUUGGUGGAAAAGUCGUCCUGGAUCGCUAGUCUCAACUUGAAUAAAAAAUAUAACUAACUGAAUGACACUGGAAUUAAAUAACUUAUCAUACAGAUGAGCCUCAUGCACAAAUAAAAUCUAUUGUUAUCAUGUGUA